AUGCCAAGAGUCAUGAAAGCACUCAGCUGCAAACAAGCGCCCAAACCCUACACCAAGCCCGAAGCUGAUGAGGUUCCCUCGUCCGGCGACUCUGGCGAGAAUAGUCAUGCACCCCGCGAGACAUCUAAGGAAGAGCGCUCCCUCAUGCCUACGACCGAACCCAAGGGCUCAGCGAAGCCCGUCAACAGGCCAUGGACCGUCGAAGAGUUGAAGGUCAUCUUUCACUUCGUGGUCAAACAUGGAGCUCCUGGAAGUGAGCAGGGUUGGGAAGGAGUGGUACCGGGAAGGUCAGGUGCUCAAGCCAGGAGCCUAUGGCGAACGCAACUCAUGCCUAGGUUGGAGGACGCGAUAAAAUUUAAGGCCAAAGAACAUACCAAGGUCGAAUGA